AUGGCAUUUAAAAAUAAAAGAGUUGCACGAAAGCAUCUUUCUAAAAUACUCAUCUAUUUACAAGCAGUUGACAAACAAAUAAAACCUUGUUACUUGUGGGACCUCUUUACAGCUGACAUUUCUGAAAUUCAUAAUUAUUUGAAAGAAAUUCAUUCUCUUGGACUCACGAAAUCUCGUUUGAACGCAUUUUCGAUUGGAGACACAAUUUUUAUUACAGAUAUAGUUCUUCUUCAAAGCUAUCUUGAUAAUUUCCGUUUAGAAGACAUUGAAAUCGUUGACGUGUCCAAAUCAAACUCUUCACCUGUGCUUCUCCGCCCUGAUGAAAAGUUGGCGCCCAUUUCACCAGUAUUAAAAUUUGUUCGGUUACUUUUGAAAGAUAUUUACAAAUUUUCCUCGACUGAACAGCAUUUCGAAUUCAUUGAUAAUGCAUUAGAUGCAUCAAAUACUCAGUUAAAUGUCAAUCUAACAACUUUGUUUGGAUUUCUCCUUGGCUAUCCAGUGCUUUACUGGUAUGCAUCUCAGACUCCAGAUGCAGAAUUUGCAUGCUUAUCAAUGGUACCUCUGAAUAUCCACCAAGUGAUAACAAUUAGUAAAGAUGAAUGUGAAUUAUUUUCUUUCAGUGCUCCACAAAAAUUUUUCAGAGAAACAGAAAGUACUGUCAAUAGUUGGGCUAGUGAUUUAAGGACGAGGUGCGAGAUUUCUGGAUUUUAUGAAGUUCAAAUGAGUCGAAAAACUGUGAUACUACCAACUGUUUGCAUGUAA